AUCUAAUUCUAAUACAAAUCUGCUAUGUUUCGAAAUUAUUCAUCUCCCUACGGUGAUAAUAAUGGAGGUUCACUAUAUCCAGCACGUGAUGUAUUUGACACCAGAGAAAACUUGACAGCAAGAAGAAACAGUGCUGAAGCACGUAAUAACGACAACGUGGACAUGCAAGUUCAAUCAAGAAGAAUAACAAGGGUGAUGAACUUCAUGAACAUCGCAUUUUUCGUAUUGCUUAUUAGCGGCGCGGCAUUGACGGCAGUAAUCACUCUUAUUGCAAAAUCAGGUGUGUAA